CAUACCAUCGCUUAUAAAUACAGGUAGCGGAAGAAGUUUAGACAAUUGUUCUUCGUUAACGAUCUUUUAAGGAUUAGGUAUUCGUUACAAACUCAUCGGCGUUAUGAUCAUUAAUAUGAAAUUUACUUUGUGGUGUGUCCUUUUUAUCUCUCAAGUGUUCUUGUUGGCAUGUGCUGGAUCGUUCCAUCGAAAAUCAGACAAAAUUCACCUGCGGGACGGAAUAAAUAUCGAAGGAAUAUGGAAAAGCAAAAUGCAAUGGAAAGCUCAUUGGGUAAAGCACUGGGAGACGAGAUUGACUUGGGUUCCAGUAUGGAGAAGAGUUUGGGCUCCUAUAGAAACAAAAGAAUGGGUUCCUUUUCCACCUCCACCAAAAUCAUCUCUCUAGAACAAGCUAUAAUUUUAUGCAAUUAUGAUCUUUACCAAAUUAGUUCAUAUAACUUGAGUUUAUGUUUAUUAUUAAUGUUACUUCUGGAAUCAAGGACAGAUCCAAAACUUACAUAGUAUCGACUUCCGAUUAAUUUCCCCGUCUGACCUGUUCAUACUGUUUAUAUAUUUUUAAUUUUGUUAUUUCUAAUUAAUUUAUUGUUAUUUAAUAUUUAUAUAUAAUUUUAUUUUAUUUCUAAAUAUACAUAUUAUGUACAAAUAAGA